GCUUACCAUGAAUUGCUAGAGAAGCAUCGGCAAGCAGAGUGGCAACUGGAGGAGGAGGAGGACUGCGAGAGCACAGAGGCUAUUGCAGAUCUCUACAAGGAGCUGUACUCUAAAGCUUCCCAUGCUUUAGUGGAGUUAGUGACGGAGCUGUUUCUUAAGACCUUGCCUUUUGUGACCGGCCUCUCUGUAAGAGAGUGUGAGCUUCUGAAAGAGGAAUGGCAGGAGAAUUUGGUUCCUCAGCUGGAGAAAUGGGAAACCCACUGCCAGAGACGCUGGAAGCUCUUCCAGGAACAGAUCCUGCAAGAAAAACAACUAUGGAUGAAGGAAUAUGCUCUGUCCGCUGUGAUGCAAAAGCACCUGUCUGAAAAACACGAGAAGAUAAUUCAAGGUGUCAUAAGCAGGCUAGGAUGCCUCAGUGAUGAGUCUGUUAACUAUAUAUUGCAAAAACACCGACUUCUGCUGUGUUCAGUGCUCAGAAGGCUAACCCUCCGAAGGGUUGGAAUGGCAGCCCUGGCCCGCAUGAGACUGUCCAGAAAGAAGAGCUUGCUUCAGGAACUGAGACAGCAACAUACUCUUCAGAAGGGAUCCUCCCCCUGCCAAGAUGAGGACCAGUGGCAGUUACAGAAGGCACUGGAGUCCCACAUUCUGGAAGAGGAGGAGAAGCUUGAAGAAGAAACACAGCAAACUCAUUUAGAGUUUCACCAGCAGCUAGUCACAGAAAUCCAAGAAGCUCUUCAAUUUCUUCAGCAGCACAUGGAGCAGGUGAUUGGGCAGACAUUGCUGCAGCAUGCCCGUCGGGAAGCUAGAAAAAAGAGUUCAGAUGAUGGACAGGACUUCAAGGAGAGAUUGGUGGAAGCUGCUGUAGAAAGUGUGUAUGGGACCAGCAAUAAUAUCAAUAGACUGGUGCAAAACUACUAUCAGGAAUUAGGAAAAAUCACAGAAGGCUAUGAAGAGAAAAAGCUUCAACAAUUGAAAUCCUUACAAGCAGAAAGAAGUGAAAGGAACAGACUUAAGAAGAAACAAGCGAGUGAAAUGGCAUUGAAAGAAAAACAGACCAAAGGCCUCUUGAGCGUGUCAUCCACAGUCCAUCAAAGGAUGGUGUUACAGCAAAAGAAGGUUUUGGCUCAGUUUGAACAGCAGCAGCAAAUUCGUUUGGAGUCUCUGAAACAGAAGCUGCUGGGAUUGCAUCACCUAGAAACUGAAUUGGAGAAUCAGCUAAAGGAAGCAGAGCAGGACUUUGUGAGGGAGCUGGCUGUGUUGGCCCGAGUUCCAGUGGCUGUGAAGAAGAAGCCUUCCAAAAGGAGCAAGCCAGUAGGGGAAAAAACAAAAAGGAAGACCUUUCAGUCACCUGAAUCAGUAGAAAAAGAUGAUUCUCAUGAAAAUACCCAAGAGCCCCCUGGACUGACUUCUGGCUUAUACAGAGAGAGGUUACAGAGUCCACAUGAAAGUGAGCCCGAACCAAGGAAAAACUCCAAGAUGCUAAAAAAAAGAGGCAACAGGUAG